AUGACAUCUGAGCAGGCUGACGCCAAGAGCCCAGGCUGUGGCAUCAUGACCUUCUGCCCCAGCAUGGAAGAAUUUUCCGAUUUCAACAAAUACAUUGCCUACAUGGAGUCCCAAGGGGCACACCGAGCCGGCGUGGCCAAGGUCAUCCCGCCCAAGGAGUGGAGAGCCAGGCAGUCUUAUGAGGAUGUCACGGAUCUCCUGAUAGGCACGCCCCUGCAGCAAGUGGUCUCUGGGAAGGCGGGUGUGUUCACCCAGUACCAUAGGAAGAAGAAAGCCAUGACGGUCGGGCAGUACCGGGAGCUGGCCCACAGCCCAAGGCACGCGACCCCGCGCCACCUGAGUUUUGACGAUCUGGAGAGAAAAUACUGGAAGAGUCGCUUCUUCGGGUCACCGAUCUACGGGGCGGAUGUCAGCGGCUCCCUGUUUGAUGAGAACACUCGGCACUGGAACGUCGGACACCUGGGGAGCAUUCUGGAUCUCCUGAGGCAGGAAAGCGGCCUGGUGAUCGAGGGCGUCAACACGCCCUACCUGUACUUUGGCAUGUGGAAGACCGCGUUUGCGUGGCACACGGAGGACAUGGACCUGUACAGCAUCAACUACCUGCACUUUGGGCAGCCCAAGACGUGGUAUGCUGUGCCCCCUGAGCAUGGCCAGCGCCUGGAGCUCCUGGCCAGGGACCUCUUCCCUGCCAGCUCCCGGGGCUGCCAGGCCUUCCUGAGGCACAAGGUGGCGCUCAUCUCGCCCACCGUGCUCAGGGAGAAUGGCAUCCCCUUUGGCCGCAUGACCCAGGAGGCUGGCGAGUUCAUGGUCACUUUUCCCUAUGGCUACCACGCCGGCUUCAACCACGGCUUCAACUGUGCGGAGGCCAUCAACUUCGCCACCCCGCGGUGGAUCGACUACGGCAAGGUGGCGUCUCAGUGCAGCUGUGGGGGGGCUCGGGUGAGCUUCUCCAUGGACGCCUUUGUGCGCAUCCUACAGCCAGAGCGGUAUGACCUGUGGAAACGGAGCCAAGACCAGGCAGUCGUGCAGCACCUGAAGCCCGCCCCGUGCCCCAGGCAGGAACCGACACUUGGCCCCUCCACGCUGGCUCCGGGCACAUCCACUCUCACCCCGCAGCAUCCCCACGCGGGACCCAUCAGGAGGCCGGUGCUCAGGGUCCACAACAGCUGUCCUUACACAAAGGUGCACUCCCAGUCCCCAGGCCUGUCUACAGCCAAGCUUUGGGUUCCCCCUUUACUGCGCCUGGGAGAAGCGUCUCCAAGCAAGCUUCUGGAGCCUCCAGGAUCCUCGUGGAUACCGCUGACGUCCUCCAUAGCCGUAGAUGCUUCCCAGCCUUACAGAAGCUUGGAGAGUACCAGUAAUGUCUCCCUGCCUCUCACCACGAUCGACUUGAACUAG